CCUCAUCCAAGCAAAGAAUACUCAGAAGAUAGAGAUAACAAAACCUCAAAAAUGAUUAAAGGUGUUACUUACCUUAUAACUGUGGCCCUUUUGGUUUUGGCAUCCUCUCUUGUUUCUGCCUAUGACCCUAGUCCUCUGCAAGACUUUUGUGUCGCAAUCAACAACACCAAUUCUGCUGUAUUUGUGAACGGAAAAUUUUGUAAGGAUCCAGCAACUGUCACAGUCGAUGAUUUUUUCUUCUCCGGACUCAAUAUUCCUGCAAACACUGCAAAUAAAGUUGGCUUCAAUGUCACUCUUGUGAACGUCGAUAUGCUACCAGGUUUGAACACUCUAGGCAUAUCUUUGGCCCGUCUUGACUUUGCACCAUAUGGCUUGGAUCCUCCACACACUCACCCUCGUGCCUCUGAGAUUCUAGUAGUUGCAGAGGGUACUCUCUUAGUUGGAUUUGUCACAUCCAACCCAAACAAACUCUUCACCAAAGUUUUAAACAAGGGAGACGUCUUUACAUUCCCAAUUGGUCUCAUUCACUUCCAAUUCAACAUAGGGCAGACCAAUGUUGUUGCUUUCGCUGGUCUCAAUAGCCAAAAUCCCGGGGUGAUCACCAUUGCGAACGCAGUCUUUGGAUCUAAUCCUCCCAUCAAUUCAGAUGUUCUCAUCAAAGCCUUCCAAGUUGACAAGAAUGUAGUUGAUUAUCUUCAAAAACAAUUCUAGUCAAACCACAAUUUGGAAAAAUAAAUGUAAUAGGAAUGAUGAACAACUAGAAAGCAGAGUUUGAAUAAAGUUUUCCUUGAUUUUUUAUAUGUAAUGCCAUAAAAAUAAUUAUAAUCAAAUAAAAUUGCCUUAUGAUUCUUUUA